AUGCCGUCUGCAAUCAAAAGUGUUUCUAGUCCUUCUAGUUAUUCGAAUGAAUGCAAUAGUUAUUCUAAUCGGGAAUCUAUGAUGAAUAGUGAAAUGAAUGAUAUUGAAACAUUGAACAAUUCAAAGUGUGAGAACGAAUUAUUAUCUAUACAUAAAUUACCACUUCAUGAACGAUAUGAACACAAAAAUGAUAAUUCGUAUGGUAUGUGUAAACCAAGAUCAACUAGAUACGCUUUUGCAGCUCCAACAUAUAGAUCUAUUAGUACACCGAACAGUUUUCGAACUAAUAUUAUUGUGGACAUGAUUAAUUCAGUUGACGGUCCACAUAAAAGUACAUAUUCAACAGAUUAUAUUGGUUGUUGGACUCCUAGACGAGUUCCACCAAUUAGAACAGCUACUUCAAGUGGAACAAGAGCAAAUAAACCUCAUCCAAGGAAACUGAAUUCACCCUCAUCAAUAGUUCGUGAAUCUUCGACACAACGUGAUAAAAAAUCUUAUCCCCAUCGCUAUACUGAGACAGAUUUAGUUCAAACGUUGGUAUAUAAUCAGCCGAAAAGUAUUCAACGUCUAACCAGUGAUCAAUGUGCACUUCUGAAUCGAAUGCGCUUGCAAAGUACAUAUCAAAAAGAUUUCAAAUACUUUUGUCAUAAUCAUUAUAAUCGUUGUCAAAAGCAAGAAAAAAGUGAUGAAAAUCUUUUAGCAUCUGGACGUAAUUAUCAACCUAAAGUAGGGAUACAGCUUCAUCCAUUGUCUUUAACCCAUUCACACUUUAACAAGCCAAUAUGGGAAUGUCAAAAUACCAUGGAUUCAAAACACGAAAGUGAGCAAUUUUUAAGUGGCAUUCUAAAGUUAACAGUUCCAUGUACACGUUAUGGUUCCAAUGUGAAUCAUCAUCGUAUUGCCAGGGGGAUAAGUAAGGUGCGCUACUCCUUGCAUUUAUCAAGAUGUUCUACUAACUUCCAAUUAAAACAGACAAACUUGGUAAAAAUGGCAUUAAGCAACAAACAAUUACGGUGUCUUGAAAUCAUAAAAAGUCAUUCAACACUCUUUGGAUUACUUUUAUAUCUUGUUGGCUUGAUAUGGUUUUGUCUUCUGUCUCAGGAUGAAUUGAAUCAUAAAACAUAUAUGAGCGAAAAUGCCCUACUAGUUGGUCAAGUAGAUGAAGUCUUUGAUGACAUUGCCUCCUCUUUUAAAUUUUAUCAAGAAGCUAAGAAUGCAUUCAAGUCAAAUGGUCUUAUUAGCCUAAAACAAUGGUUGUCCGAACAGCUGUUCGGAAUCGGUUUAGAAGUUUAUUUUCAAGAUUUCAGCUUCUCUCAUGAUAUACUUUCACCUAUAAAGAUGGUGAAUGGAUCUAAUUUAUAUGCCAUUAUGAGGUCACCAAGUGGUGGUCGAACAGAAGCGCUAAUGAUUAUUACGUCACUGGGUGAGAAUUCUACCUAUUUUGGGAGUCUUGCCUAUAUUUUAUCGCUUAGCAAAUUAUUCAGAAAUCAAAUACAUUGGGCUAAAGAUAUAAUAUUUCUGUUUCCUGAAUAUGAUUAUAUCGGUUUAAUGGCGUGGCUUGAAGCUUAUCAUGGGACAGCUAAUUCCAACAAUCUCUUCUGGUCUGAACUUGAUGGUAGAAGCGGUAGUAUUCAGGCUGGUCUGAAUUUGGAAUUUGCUGAUAUGUAUCGACCAGUAGUGAAUAUACUACCUGAGGGUCCCAAUGGCUUAUUGGCUAAUCUAGAUAUGAUCAAUACGGUUGUACGACUGGCUGAGACACAUUCUGUAGAAACACGUGUUAACCACCAAUCAUAUAAUUAUGCACGUGGGACAUAUAAAACUAGACUGAAUGACAUGCUGGGGGUUAUUGAGGCAGUAUGGACUCAGUCAACUAAUUCUCCAACUGGUCUACACGGCCCACUGAUCAAUUAUCAAAUUCCUGCUAUCAGUUUACGUGCAAAUUAUAAACACCGAUCAACUGAUCUGCAUAGUGCAGAAAUUCUAUCUGUUAUAAGGUUGCUUGAAGGUAUUCUCCGUUCAUUAAACAAUCUGCAAGAAAGACUGCAUCAGUCUUUUUGGUACUAUCUUCUUCCCAAUCCAUAUAGAUAUAUAUCAAUUGGUGUUUAUAUGCCACCGGUCUUAAUAAUGAUUUUAAGCCUCCUACUAAAGCCGCUCCUGUUUUGGAUAUUUUCAAGUAAAUCCAAAUUGAAUAAUCUACUGACUAUACAGAAGAAAUUAGACAAAUCGAAACAGUGUAAGUCAUCUUCAACUGAAUCUGAUCGUCAUCAUUAUCAGCGUUCUGAUGACAAGAGUGGUAAUGAUCAGAAUAAACUUAUUCAUGAUCAUCAACUAGUGGAUAACCAAUCAAUUCGUCAGCGUAAAAUAAAAUUGACAACAGAACAAAAGGAUAUGAACAAAUUAGAAGACAAACAGGUUGAAACGAAUAAAUCUAAUUAUUCAGUAUCAUAUUCCAGCGCUAUUCCUCCACACAUACUUGGCCUAAUCUUACAUCUUAGUUUAUGCUUUUCAAUGGGUUUCUGUCUUCAUUCUUCACCGAAAUAUAUUUUCAAGUUGAUCAACUUAUUGAUUGAAUAUUCGUUGGUUGAUUCAACUAUAAACCCAAAUGAUCUAUUUUUAGUUGGUAUCUUUGGUUUAAUCAUUUUGAUGGCGGUGUUUUUACCAAUUGUCAUGCGCAUUUUACAACGAUUAGUGAUAUCAUGUGAAAAGGACAAGAAGGUUCUUGUUGAUCAGUUAUGUCUGUUAAGUUGGUCUCUAUUUCUUAGCUGCUUGGCAUGUCUUAACAUAUCUUCAGCUAUUGUACUUAGUAUUCCAAUUGUCCCGUUACUACAUCUACUCGUAAAGAAUAAUAUCGAAGUUGAAAAGUCGUGUACAACCAAACUGAUGAAGUGUUUUAUCUCAUUCUGUUGCUUAUUGGUGUGUACUCCAGUUUUCAUAAUCCUAAUGUGUAUCAUUAAUUCAUAUAUUGAACAUCAAGGCCAUCCAACAACAUUAAGUGUUGAAAGUAUUCGAAAAUGUUUUGAGAGAUGCGUGUUACAAAGCUUAGUUGAAGCAGAUCUUUUCGGCUGUUGGACAUGGUCAGUUAUAACGUGUGGAUAUACGUCAUUGUGGUUGUUAAUAUGGUUAACUAUUUUCUGAUCAAUAUAUGUUGGAGCAUUUUUCAAUCACAAUACUCAGUCCUUGUUGUUUAUCUUUUUAUAUGUUUAUUCUCUAAUUGUCUAUACCAUUGUGGUAGUGACACAAAUGUCUCCGUUAUUUUGUUUAGUGAAUGAAGUGUGCC